AUGUAAAGUGCAAAAGAGUUCAAGAGCAUAACAAUAACUGAGACAAAAGGAUAAUGUGGGUUUGAUGUCAGCGGAAAUAAAGCAUUAUUAGUUUGGAAUUAGAGAUUAGUUGAGUAUGAUUUAAUGGAGUACAAAAAAACCGCGGAAACUGUGCUUGAGUCAAAUAUGUUGGCUUUAGCAAUCCAUCCUUUAAAUUCGCAAGUUUUUGCAAUAGGAGAUAUGAGAGUAGACAUAUACGAUGAUAUCUAAAUGACAACGCCAUCUCUAAUCGUCACUUUGACAGGAAAGGUAAUUUAGAUAAAAUACAAUAAAAAUGGGAAAAUAAUGGGAAUAGCAUCUGAAGAAAAUUCAUUAAUAUUAAACAGAGAUGGCAAAAUAUCAAGAUGUAAACCUGGACAUGAUGGUAUGAUAUUAAGUUGUGCUUUCGAUCCGAAGGAUAGAUUUGUAUGUAGUAUUGGUUGUGAUGGUUGUUUGAUAGUGUAUCAAUUAUCAUAAGUACCACAAUUAUUGUAGAGAUACACUAUUAGCAAAUAAAUAUCUCCAGAUGGAUUCUAAAAAUUAUAAUCAGAAUUUCAUCCUUCAGGUGAUUCAUUUUGGAUAGCUGGAAAGAUGAAUGCUUAAUACAUUAUCACAGAGGAUGAACCUUAAGAUUUAUAGAAUCAAUACUAAAUUUAGCAUUCUAGCGAGAUUUGUAUUAUAAAAUGGAUACAAGAAAAUUGUAUAGGAUCAUGUUCACUUGAUGGCGAAAUAAAAUUAUGGAAUUUCAAAUCUUUUACUGAUUUAUCAUUGCAUUGGCAAUUUAAUAUCUAAAGCACCCCUUUGUAUAUGAAAAUAAUAUAAAAUAUUUGCUAUUUAUUAGAUUGCAAUGGAAAUCUAAUUGAAACAACAUUAGAUCCUCCAAAAACAUAAUACGAAAAAAUAUAUUAAGAUAAACUCAGUGCAAUUUAAGAUUUAGUUAAUUAGAAAUCAAAGAUCAAAAAUAAUUAGAGAAUGGAGGAGGAAUUGAUGGAUGAAGAAAUAAUAGAGAAUAAAGAUGAGUAGGAGGAUUAUAAAAAGGGAAAUGAGAUAGAUAAAAUAUAAAAGUAAAAUAUAGAUUCAGGGAUGUAAGAUGUUUUGAGACCGGGAGAAACACAACCAUCAAGAGGUAGAUAAUAUUUGUGUUACAAUACCAUUGGAACAAUAAUUUUAUGUAAAAAUACAAAUAUGAUUGAAUUCGAGUUUUUUGAUUCAACAUUUUAUAAAAAAUUUAAGAUUGGUAAUUAAUAAAGAUAUGCAAUUGGCACAUUGAAUUAUAGAGGAUGUGUAUUAGCAUCAAAGGGACCAAAUGAUUUGGAUGAAUAGGGUUAUUUGGUAGGAGAUGGAAAAUCAAUUGUGUUUUUCUAAUAAUUUAUAGGUGAUGUAGAUGAUUUCGAAUUCUCAUUGCCAGAAGAGGAAGGAGCUGAACUUGUUACUAUUGGAAAUGAUUGGUUUGCAAUUAUGAGUGAUCAUGGAAUAUGUAGAGUAAUUUCAUUCUGCGGUUUAUAAAUAUUAGAAUUCAAUACAAAUAGGGCAGUUGUGUCAAUGUGUGCUUAUGAACAUUUGUUGUGCAUAGUAUUUCAUGACACUUCUCCAAUGUUGAAUUAAUAAGUUCUUAAAGGGAGAGUUUAUGAUAUUGAUUUGUAGAAAUCAAUUGAAGAAUUUGAUAUAUUCUUAACUCCAUUUUCAUCACUUUAAUGGAUUGGAUAUUCAGAUGAAGGAUUAUUGAGUAUUCAAGAUUCAAAGGGUGCAAUCAAGAUAUAUCAGUAAGGCAGAUGGAUAGAAGUCUUUCAUAAUUCAAGAGUUUGGCUUUAUGGAAUUCAAGAUUACAAGCUAUGUUUAUUAAAAACAGAACAACCAUUAGCUUCUAUGAAAUAAGAGAUGAUUCAAGAGAGUUUUGAAUAACCAUUUGUAUGUUCAAUUUAGGAUGAAAAGUUGAUAGCAAAUUACAAGUAAUUUCUAAACCAAUUAAUCAUUCUGAAUCAUGAAUUAUAUAGAUGGAGCGAAUUUGGGAAAUACUAUUAUGCUCGAAAUGAUGACAAAUAAAAUGAUAUUCUUUUGAGAUAUACAUAAAAUCUAUAUGAUUCAACCAAAAUUGAGGAGACAUAAAAGUUGUUGCGAAAAUUCCGAGUUGAUUUAUUUAAAUAGAUUUUAAAUGAAUCAAAGGAUAAAGCUAUUGAAUUUUUUAAGUGUCAUAUUAAAGAUGAAUAUGAUAUGAAUUCAAUCAUCAGUUUGUUGGAAUUGCAAAAAGAAAAAUAGACAACAAAUAAGGAAUUCUAAAAGUUAUUGAACCAAAUAAAAUUGCUAUAAAGGGUAAAAUUUUAAAACAUAUAUAGUAAUAAAUAAUAAAGCAAUAGUAGAAUUUUGGUAUAGACAAGAGAGCUUAAUCUCCAAAGAGACAAGGAUUUGGUUUAUAGAAAUAAAAUGAUUAAGUGAACAUGAGUUAAAUAAAGUCUAUUUUGGAACAAAAAGAAUAGCAUCAUCAAUAAUAACAACACCAUUAAUAAUUAUAGUCAUAGAGAGUUGAAAGCCAAUAAGAUGAAGAGGAAUUCAAUCCAUUUGCAAAAUCUGCAAAUAAGAAAUAAAGUAGCAUUUUUGAUUUGGGAGAGAAGAGGAAACCUACUUAAACAUUUGGAAUGUAAAAUAUUAAAAAAAAGAAUUGA